AGGCGCAGUGUCUGUCUGCCGCUGCAGCUCCACAGGAGGAGAAGAAGAAGAAGAGUUAUUCUUUAAAGAUGGUCGUUAGACUUCAGGUCGCGGAGGAACCAGCGGGACUCGCUGCCCUCGGCUCGGACACACUCUUCACUCUGAGCCGCUGUUCGGUCAACUGAGACGAUGCAGUCCCUGCCCAUGGAAGUGGGCAGCAGCAGCAGUUCAGCUCACAGCGACACUUCUGGCUCGAUGGUGCAGGUGUGCUUCCCCAGCGCUCAGGCCUCGGUGCUGGACAGCCUGAACCGGCAGAGAGAGGACGGCAGGCUCUGUGACCUCUCCAUCCACGUCCAGGGACAAGUGUUCAAGGCCCACCGCUGCGUCCUGGCCGCGUCCUCACCCUACUUCCAUGACCAGGUUCUACUGAAGGACAUGUCUACGGUCUCCAUCCCGGCCGUGAUGGACCCGCUGGCGUUUGAGAGCGUGCUGAGCUGUGCCUACACGGGUCAGCUCCGGAUGCUGCGUGAAGACAUCGUCAACUACCUCACAGUGGGAAGCGUCCUGCAGAUGUGGCACAUCGUGGACAAGUGCACCGAGCUGCUGAAGGAGGACCGAGCUGCGGCCGGAGGGGGCAACAGUGGAGGAGGCGUGCAGGUCAAAACCGGGGUGGGAGGAGGUGCGGGUUCAGCUAACCCCGGCUGUAGCAGCAGCAACAGUGACAGUGUUGCAGCUGGUGGUAAUGGAGCCCAUGGUGGUGAUGGCGGUGGUGGUCAAGCUCAGGUGGCGGGCUCCAACGAGCCCCAGCGUGCCUCCCAACCUCCCAGCCACACUUCCGUGAGUGAGAGCCAGUCGCCGAGCAGCACCAACUACUUCAGCCCCAGAGACGGGAGCAGCUUUGGGGGAAGCGGUGCAGCUGCAGCUGGAGCUUCAGUGGACGGAGGAGGGGCGAACAACACCCCCAGCUACUGCACCCCAUCAGGAGGGGAGGAGGCCUUUCUAAUUGAGGAAGAGGAGGAGGAAGUAGAGGAGGAAGAGGAGGAGGUGUUGUACCACCAAAGGAAGAGAGGAAGAGGAGGAGGCAGCGGGAGGAGGAAGAAAAUGAGUUCAGUGUCAGAGCAGGAAGUCGGGGUCAGCGACAGCUUCGGAGUUUCGUCCUAUCAGGACGGGCUGGACUCAGUGCUGCCACCGCAGAAGCGUCCCACCUACAGCCAGCCCAGCAUCAUGCCUCGUAAACAGUGGGUGGUGGUGAAAACCGAACGCAUGGAGGACGACGACCUCAUCGUUGUGUCUGGGGAGGAGGGAGGCGAGGACGAGGAGGACGAGGACGAGAGGGAGCUGGAGCUGGCCAGAGAGAGGGAGAGGAGCGACUUCAACAUCUCCAACGUCAGGAGCCUCUCUGUCGAGCUGGGAGGCAGAGCCGAGAGCGACAUGGACUCACAGAUGGACUACUGCCAGUCUUCAGAAGACUACCUCAAGUUUGAAGGCAGUUUAAUGGACCAGACGUUAGCUCAGCACCUUCACGACAGCGCUGCAGGUCAGAGCCAGAGCGCCAACCGUGCGGUUUCAGCGCUGCUGGGCCAGGUUCAGUCUGCGGCAACGGCCCGCGCCCAGCUCUUCCCCCUGGACAUGCAGGGGAACCAGAUCCUCCUCUACAGCCAGGCCUCCGGACUCUCUCUGGACGCUGCCGCCCCCCCUCUAGGGAUGGCAGGUGGUAUGAUAGGAGCAGCAUCUUUCAAAGGUCCCAGUCUGGAGCACGGUGCGGUCCAACUGUCGAUGCAGGGUGGUCUGGGAGUCGAUGGCAUGGACAGCGGGGGGAUUGGAGGUGGCAGCAGUGGCAGCAACAGCAGCACUGGGGGUUCUGGGAAAAUGUUUAUGUGCCACUGUGGUAAGACGUUCACCCACAAGAGCAUGAGGGAUCGCCACAUUAACAUGCACCUGGACCUGAGGCCGUUCCACUGCCCCGUCUGUGCCAAGAAGUUCAAGAUGAAGCAUCACCUCACGGAGCACAUGAAGACGCACACAGGCCUCAAGCCGUACGACUGCCUCGGCUGUGGCAAGAAGUUCAUGUGGCGCGACAGCUUCAUGAGGCACCGCUCGCACUGCGAGAGGCGCAGCAGGUUGGGGGAGAGCGGGGAAGCAGGGGGCAGCGGCGAGGGAGGAAGAAGAGGGGGAGGCGGAGGUGAGGAUGGGCCGGAUUUGAUUUCCUCUGCUCACCUCCUCCUGUCUGCAGGUGAGGGAGGUCAGGGUAAUGUUCAGGGAGGAGGAGGAGGGAGAGGAGGAGUGUCUGUUUCUUCUCCACAUCUCACCGGCGGCGUCUCAGCCACAGGAAGUAGCAGCAGCAACAGCAGUUUGAGCAACAGCAACAACAUGGCAGCCGCAGGGGCGCUUUUGGGGGUCGUCACUCAGAGUCCAGGUCAGGGAUCUGGGAUGUUUGGUUCUCUGGCGCUGGGUCGGAGUGUGUGUGGUGAAGUCAGUGCCAAUGAUAACAGCGUGACUUAAAACCAAACUGUGUGUCAUGUCCAACCGGCGCCUCUUGGUGAGAUUACGGUCGUGUUCCUGGUUCCUGCUGCUGUUUUAGAAACAACUCUUUUAACUGCCAACACUCAGCAUUUCAAGCAGGAAGUGCGUAUUUUGUCAAGAUCGUGGAGAACAGCUGAGGCUCCAGUUGGACACGAAGCUGUAGAUGUUCACAGAAAAACAGGACGUUGAGAUUCCUGUCGACUUGUGGGGAGAAGUUUCUCAAAAAGAUUUUUCUAUCGGACGUUAUCUGCAGUUCUUGUUCCACGAAACUUGUCUCCGAAAAGUGGCCUCGUAAAAAAAGGAGCUUUUGUCUCAGUGAGUAAGCUAUUGUUUUAAAUAUGUGAGAUGUUAUUAAAGUUUAUUUUUCUGGUUUUGCGGGAGAGUGCGUGCGCUUAGAGAGGAAACCAAAAAUGAGAAGACAGUGCUUCACUAACUGUGACAACAUUAUAGUAUCAGUAGAGUAGAAAAAUGGCUGUUUCUAAAUCGCUGUGAUUUUUCUGCAGUAUCGUAUCGUGAUUUCUUGCUGUAAUCAGAUAAAAAAAAAAAUAGGAAUGAAGGAAAAGAGAUUUACAUAGUGAAACCAAAACAGGCACAAGGUUUUUAGCAGAUUUCAACUCACCUCUUAGUCAAACGUUGCAGAUUUGUGUUUCUCUUCUCUUUCUCUGAAUUCCUCACAGCAGCAGCAGUGCGUCUUCUCCUGCCCCAUGUAACAAACGGAUGACACUACGCUGCUGUUUGGGUCACAGUUACAGAUCAGUCAUCCUCAUCGCAGGGGGACACAUCCCCGACACGUGUACAGGGAAGGACUGUUCGGACUUGUUCGCCAGUUUCGCUGCUGUUACCUGCUUUCACUUUCUAACUUUGUCGUUCACAGAGUUCUCAUGCUGUGAGUAUAAUAUUCUUAUUGUAAAUAUAUAGAGAUAUAUCGUCAGACCUGGAACAAAUACUAACUUUAAAUACUGAUGCGUCUGCUCUGCUCGGGACGGAUUCUAGUUCUAGAGAUCAUUUUUGAAGUAGCUUUAGGGAAACCUGAUGAUGGAAGAUGGUGAACUUAACUAAGCUAUACUGUGUAUAGUGCUUAUACAGUAAUGAAGCCAAAACAUAAUAAUCAGUAUUUGCUUUCCAAGAUGUUUGCACCCCCUUGUGGUCAGAGCUGACACUGUUACUAAGAGAUGACAAUAAUAUAGACUGAUGUUAUAAUGUGUGUUUAUGAAGAUAUGUGGCUUUACAACUGUUUCAGUUCCAUGUCCAACAUACGUCAAUCAAACCAAACAUAGUUGCAGUGACGUUACAGCACAGGACAGUGAGCGGUGGAUGAAAUAUCACACGUGACCUCAUGAACAUGUUGAAUGCCUUCAGAGAUGUUUCCCUACGGAGGACCUGAAUGUUUUACCUUCUGUGAAGGCUGAGUUUGGAUGUUUUUAUAUACCCAGGUUUGUAGCUCGGUCAGAGUGGAAGGCUUUUCCUCUGUGGUGAGUGAUCUGUGAAGUGCGCCCUCCAGUGUUUCCUCCAGGACUGUGCUUCAGUUGAUGUUUGUUCGCUCCGCUGCUGAAUUAGAGCAAAAGAAAACACCGGAUGUUAACGUGUGAGAAAUGUGUCUCACAGCGAUCUAAUGGUUUUCUUUGGUGGGGAGUUUAAAGUGCGCCAACACUCGACAGCUUUUAAACAUGCAGACAGAGUUUCAGUCUCACUAUCCAUUCUCAUACAUGACCUCCGGAUCAUCAACACCAGUCGGCCACAGGAAAGAUUAACCUAUAUUUAAAGCAACACUAUGUAACUCUUACUCAGCAACAGCGCCCUCUGCAGGACGUUCAGGGUGAGAAGUGGGAAUGAAAGAGGAAACAUUCUCAAUAUUCACAGUCACUGAAACAUCAAACUCAUUUUAAUCAAGCUUAUGUUUUAAUGUAUAAAGCUAUAGUGUUGCUUUAAAUAAAAGAGCAGCACCUUAAUUCUCUUUUGUAGAAUUUUCUUUUUCUUUUUUUUUCAGAGUUACAGAUCUAAAAAAUGUGUUAAACAGCCCUGUGAUGUUAAAACAUCCAAAUCAGAAAGUUUAUCUCAUUUAAUGACUCUAAUUUUAUAACAAAACAAAAAAAUAACCAAAGAGACCUCACACUUUCUUGUCUAACUCCAAAUUAUGGAUCAACAACUUCAGCAGCGUCACCUGCUGGACAUUAAAACAGUUUCUGACCAACAACAAAUUAAAACUCGCUGUAGCACCGAGUCUCAUGUGAAUGAGUGAUAGAGGAAACAUGAAGAUGGAGGAUCAGCCUCGAGAGCUGAAAGCUGCUGCAAACUAGACUGAGGUCUUUUUAUUAUUUUUGUACAUUACACAGGUUCUUAUACGUCUUUGACUGACCAGCUGAUUGUUGAACAGAAAACGACAAGUUAUGAAUAGACAUUUUCAUGUAAAUCCUGAAUGGAGUGGUACUAAUAAUGUAAGAAACUACAGUACAUGAAUAUUCACAUCUGCCCUGUAUCAGAAAUAAUGGAUUAAUAAAUUACUUGGUGCAAAUAACA